GGAUAUAUUUUACCUCUUUUGUGUGUUUCUAUUUCUUAGCUGUGUUUUAGUGAUUCUUAUCCAAAUCAAGUUGAAGAAGAAACAGCAUUGGAUCUUGUGUAGGAAAUUCAGCAAGUUGCUUUGAUGAAUGCUAAUGAUGAUAAGUCUAUUUGUGUGAUUCAUGCCAAAUCUAUGGAAGGCUUGUGUCUGGUCAAAAUUUCCAGUUAUGAAUUCAGGGAUGAUGCUAAACAGUUAUUGGGCUCACAACUCACAAGUCACAACCAGAAGCAAUAAGUUAGGAAUGAUGGUCACUUUCCUAGCACCAGCUCCAACACUAGCCGCGUUUGCUGUGUCAAUUGUCACAUCAUUAUGGGUCUCAGCCUCUAGAGUGGUUGUUGUGCUGUCAGACAUAAAGUUCUACAAGUAGAUAUGCUGGAGCAAUCCAUUCCAAUAUGAAAUGAACAGCCUGACCUCCAUCAGUUUUUACUGCAAUACAGAGGAUUCUGGAUCAGACUACCACUGCCCACGAUUGACAGAUGUAUGGAAUAGGUGGCAGAAGUGAGGAGCUUGAACCAUGAGAGGAUGGAUACAGACAUUAUU